AUGGCCCGGAGCCAUCUGGCUCCAUUGCUGAUUCCUCUGGUGGUCCUAGGUCUGGUGUCCCCUACCCAGAUCAACCCAGACUACCAGUACUUUGGCCAGCAGGGUGAAGGUGAUACCUGGGAGCUGCUGAGGCUGCAGCGACAAAAGGUAGUGGAAGACUCAGUCCUAGGCCCGUGGGGAAAGUGGCGCUGUUUCUGCAAUCUGGGCAAACAGGAACGCAGCCGUCAGGUGUUGGGCACAGCACCAGUCCCUGUGUUCAUGGACCGCGAGAACCUGGUACAGCUGAGGCCGUGCCGGCAACAGGACUGCUCAUCUUGCAACCAGAUGGACUGCAGCUAG